AAGUUGCCCAGUGGUUCCUGGACUCCCUCUGAACUCUUGAUCCCCCUGCCUCAGCCUUCUGAAAGAGCUUGAGGUUACAGCCCUGCUCUGUUUAUGGGUGACUUCUCAAAGUGGGACUCCCGUGUGGCUUGACCUGAUAGGGAAUGUCACUGGCCAUUACCCUUCCCAGCCUGCCACCCCACCCCCUCUGCGGCUCUGUUGGCCAGGACUUUGGCCUAGGACGUCGGAGCUGCCUGAUAUGGAAGGAGGGGGCCCUCCAGAGCUAUAAAGGCUGCCAGCCCACUGGAGAGAGUCAGGACAGUCCCUUCCUGCCCACUGCCUGAGUGCUCUAGGUCGCGGACAGCAUGGGGUCCCGGUUCUUCCUGGCUUUCUUCUUGGUCCUCCUGGUGUUAGGAAAAGAGGUCCAGGGGACCCAGGAAGAUGACCCGGGCAGCCCGGCUCUGCUGGACACGGUGCAGGAGUCCCUCUUAAGCUACUGGAGCACGGCCAAGGCGGCUGCCCAAGGCCUGUACCACAAGACAUACCCCAGCAGCGUGGAUGAGAAACUCAGGGACAUGUACAGCAAGAGCUCGGCCGCCAUGAGCACGUACGCGGGCAUCUUCACGGACCAGCUCCUUACUCUCCUGAAAGGAGAGUAGUUACUAUGCGAGCCCCAAGUUAGGGGAGAGGAAAACCGGACAGCCCACCUCUUUGCUCUCUCUUGCCACCUCACCAGGACGGUCCUCCAUCCCUCUGUCCCAGCAGCUCCCGGCUCCCAACUCUAGACCAAAGUCCUUCAAUGAAAGAAUAACUGAGUCCAGGCAUGUUGGUGUCACUGUGGCUUCUUUUCCCUCCUUUGGUGACCCC